AUGGCUUGUCUACAUGCUUCUAAGUUCUUCAAACCUAUUGUCACUCCUGCUCUCCCCCCGGGCAGCAUGAAAGGAAAGGUUGCUCUUGUCACUGGAGGAGGUACAGGAAUAGGAAAAGCAAUUGCCACAAUGUUCGCGCGCUUAGGAGCGAACGUCGCAAUUGCUGCGAGAAGAACUGAUGUAUUGGAGAAGACAGCAGCGGAAAUUCGCAAAGAAACAAAUGGAGUUUGUGAAGCAUUCAAAAUGGAUGUAAAAGAUCCAGCUUUGAUUUCGGAAACCAUAGAGAACAUCACAAAGAGGUUUGGUUCCUCUCCUAAUAUUCUUGUCAAUAAUGCUGCUGGUAACUUCAUAAUGGCAACGCAACGUUUAUCUCCGAACGCCAUCAAAACCAUUGUUGACAUCGUAUUGGUCGGAACACUGAAUGUCACUACUGAAGUUGGUAAAAGAGCUAUCAAAGAAGGUCAUGGAUGUUCUGUUCUGAGUAUCACAACUCCUUAUGCCAGACAUGGUGCACCUUUUGUCGUACCAUCGGCAGUUUCCAAGGCUGGAGUCGAGAACAUGACAAGAUCUUUAUGUAGCGAAUGGUCUAAGUACGGCAUUCGAUUCAAUGCCAUAGCUCCUGGACCUGUACCAACAGAGGGAGCUUUCGGUCGCUUGUCUGAUGUGACUAUUGAGGAUGCUAAGAGCGCCGCAUCAGCAAAUGUUCCUAUUGGAAGAUGUGGAGAGCCAGAAGAAGUUGCAAACUUGGCUGCUUUCAUCUGUUCCGAUUAUGCCAAUUGGAUGAGCGGAGCUAUAAUCGACUUCGAUGGAGGACAACAGUUUAUGAACCAUGGAUCUUCAUUCGGGCCCCAGUGGCAUGAGUUAUCAAACAACGAUUGGGAAGCUGUUGAACAAAAAAUUAGAGGAAGAACUGGUAAAACUAAAAGUAAAUUGUAA